AGCGGCCAUGGCGGCGGCGGCGGCGUGCGCGGCGGCGGCGCGGAUGUUCGCCUACAACGCGACCCUCUGCGCCUGCGACCCGGGCUACUACCUCUCCUCCACCGCCAACAGCACCGCCUGCGUCUCGCUGCCCACCUCGGGCGGCGGCGGCGCCUUCUCCGACUGGCAGGUGGGCGCCGUCGGGGCCGGCUCCCGCAACCAGACCCUCUACUUCCUCGCCCCCGUCCUCUCCCUCGACGCCGUCCGCCGCCUCACCCAGUCCCAGGCCGUCCUCCUCGUCAUCGCCCUCGUCACGCUCCUCUCCUGGCUCGCCUUCUGCGCCGCCGCGAGGCUCGCCGGCCGCCACCAUGCCGCCGCGAGCGGCACCCGGAGGAGGUUCUUCCGGGCCCGAUUCUGGAUCAGCAGGCUCGACUGCAUCUUCGACACCCAGCACUGGGCGGCAGACCAGCAAGUGCUGAAGAAAAGGAAGACAGAGCUGGGUGGAACGUUCUCCGUUGCCGCCAUCAUACUCUUCAUCGGAUUAGUCACCGUGCUGCUGUACCAGGCCAUCAAGAGGCGCAACAUCGAGGUGCACCGCGUCAAGCCGGCCAAUGCUCCCGACCUGCUCUCCUUCGUCAACGACAUCGAGUUCCACAUCACCACGGUCUCGGCCAUGUCCUGCGCCCAGCUGGCACCACCUUCGACGAUCGCGAUGGGGACGCCGGGCUUCAUGGACUUCAGGGUGCUGCCCCUCUCGACGCUCCUCACCUACACCUGCCAGAACACCAGCCAGGGGCCAUCUAUUACACUAAAGUGCAACGGCUGCAGGAUGCCGCCGAGAGACCACUACGUGUCCUGGCAGUUUGUCGACCUGCCGAGGCAGCCCGCUGCUGCUGUCGGCUUCCAGUUUAACCUGACAACCAGGCAGACCGGACAUGACAAACAUGUGAGCUUCGUCAGCGGGACCAUAAACUCGGACAACUAUGGCGAUGAGAAGCUCAAGACGUUCAGAGGCCGAGACUCCAACGUGCUCAAGAUCCAGCUGUUUCCACAGAUGUACAGCAAGCUUCAUGACCUGAAGCUCUUGCAGCCACUGCUUCAGGACUUCACCCAAGGGUCUACCUUUUCGGAUGUCAGCAGCUUGAAUGCUUCCCUGAACAACCCUACAGAUGGAGUCAUAAACACUACGCUCUACAUAAGUUAUCUCUCGGACUAUAUCGUGGAGAUCAGCAAUGAAAGCGUCUUAGGCCCUGUUAGCAUACUUGCGAGUAUUGGUGGCCUUUAUGCCUUCAGUGUAGCGAUAUUCCUAUGCCUCAUGGCUCAAUGCGAAGCUAGGAUAAAGAAACUCCGCAAUGAAGAUACAAGAAUGCUGAAAAUUCUGAGCAAACAACGUGCUCAACGGAAUUGGGACAAGGUGAGGAAGUUUGUGAUGUAUACAUGGGGCCCUAGCAACUUGGAUCCAAGUGACAAAAGUGGCCAGUGGCCUGAAGGUACAAUGAUGGAUUCUCUCCAUGGAUCCUUCCACAAGAAAAGAAAACCGACUACACGAGCCACCUCGAAUGCUAACUUAACCAGGAGAGUUCCUGGUGACAUGCGUGCAAUUGAUAUCGAAAAAGAUGGUGAGAUGCAGCAUUCAAGCAGUUCAAGACAGCCUUGACGCUGCCAGUAAGGAAGAAUCCUUCAGCAAGAAGUUUGCACCGGUUCAGACAUGUGGCCGCCAUAACCGGAGAUUCUUUUGUUAUUUGUCGAUAUGGUUCUAUGUCAAAGGUAGGUGUUGUACAGCGGUAGGUAGUUUGUGUUAGUGGGUCAAUCUGGUGGACACGAUUCUUUGCGUCGAGUAUGUGAUGAAUGGAUUAUGGAUGUGUGUGAGUGGAGGGGCUCCCUUUUCUUUUCAGCAAUGCAUUCAUCCAUUCAUCCACCUGAACUUGCGAAUUGCGAUAGCCUGGA